GAGAAAACGCAGAAACCGUUUUCAUUUUUCAUUUCAUUUCAUUUUCAUUUUUCAAAUGCAUUUCAACCGAAAAAUGCAUUUUAAAAGUAUUUAUUUAAAGUGUGAAAGAAGAAUAAUUAGAAGAACAUGGAUAUUUUUGUUCCAAUAGCUUAUUAUGUCAGCACAGAAACUCAGCAUGGGAAGUGAAUUUGUUACUGAAGUGCCAAGCUCUCUCAAGCAGCUUGCACGUCUGGUGGUCCGAGGCUUUUACAAGAUAGAGGAUGCUCUUAUUAUUGAUAUGCUGGUCAGAAACCCAUGUAUGAAGGAGGACGACAUCUGUGAAUUACUCAAAUUUGAGCGCAAGAUGCUUCGAGCAAGGAUAGACACAUUGAAAAAUGACAAGUUUAUUCAGACAAAGAUGAAAAUGGAAACAGGUCCAGAUGGAAAAGCUCAAAGGCAAAACUAUUACUACAUCAACUACAAGAUAUUUGUCAAUGUAGUCAAGUACAAGCUAGAUCACAUGCGUCGGAAAAUGGAAACUGAAGAACGAAAUGCAACCAGCCGGUCAAGUUUCAAGUGCCCGAGCUGCGAGAAAACCUACACUGAUUUGCAGGCGGACCAGCUGUUUGACCCGGCCACCGGCGAGUUUCUAUGCACGUUCUGCAACACGGCUGUGGAAGAAGACGAGGCGGCCAUGCCGCGCCAGGACUCGCGCAUGAUGCUCGCUCGGUUUAACGAGGUUAUGGAGCAGCUGUUCGUGCUGCUGCGGGAGGUGGAAGGUAUAAAGCUGGCGCCGGAGAUUCUGGAGCCGGAGCCGAUCGACAUCCAGGACAUUCUGCACCGCGACGACCGGAAGAAGGCGCGCAGGGACGGCCCGGCCGGCGCCGACGGCAUAUGGUCCGGAGAGGCCACGCGCAACGCCGGCUUCAACGACGAGACCACGGUCAACAUCAACAUGGAGGAGGAGGGUGCCGCGGCGCCGGAAUCGACGCGCAAGGAGCGGCCCGUCUGGAUGAUGGAGAGCACCGUCAUCACGGAGGACGCGGACGCCACCGAGACGGCCGCCGACACGGAGGCGGCCGGCGCCGGCGGCGACGAGCGCGGCCGCGACGACAUCAUGUCUGUGCUGCUGCAGCACGAGACGCGCGAGAGCCGCCGGCCCGUGGUGCCCGGCCAGGACAGCAGCGACGAGAGCGAGCCGGAGGUGGUGGCGCCGCCGGCCGCCAAACCUGUUGCCGAGGCGAGCGACGUGGAGGAGUUCAUGGACUCGGACGACGACGACACGUCGCCCACCGUCCAGGUCGGCGCCGAGCGCAUCGCCAUCAGUGACGUCACCGAUGACGUCAUCGCGCGGAUGACGGCCGACGAGAAGGAGGCCUACAUCUUGGCCUACCAGGACUACUACUCGCACAUCCACGAGUAACGUGCCGGUGUUAGUGUACUGUGUCUCAUCAACUGUGUCAUUGCUAUGAGUGUUUCAUGUUGGUCAUAUCGUCGACAUAACCCAUCAUGUUUCAUUGAAGAGAGUUGGGCUCGGUAGGUCAGCCGUCAGACCCAAGCAGGGCGCCUGGGACUGUCUUGGACGUUCGAGUCGCCAGCUUUGGACGUACAAACACCGAGGGAGCUGGGCUAAGGCUGGCAGGGUCGCUUCCCGCUAUUGUGUGUCAGGGAUCCAAAAGUGCAUCAUCAAAAGCAUGUGGUGCGUAUAGCCUUGUGAUCUAUUAGUAGGGCGGUGUGCGUUGGCUAGCCGUGCGGUUGGUCCUGGUGCGGCGAGUCGAGCUAUCCGGUACCGGUAGGCUAGUGCGGCGAGCCAAGCUGUGUGGUUGCUCGGCCUAUCGAUGGAGAGCGACCACAUUGGCUGAUGGUCCGGCCGGCUGGCCUGGCGUGGUCAGUCGGGAAUCGGCGCUGCUAUUGGCUGCGAUCUUUGCUGAUCGACCUACUCCUUGGUAGGCGCUGGUGUUAUAUUAGCACACAGGACCACCGUGCGGUGUAUUGUGUACCACUACUAUGAACUCGAACUGUGAGCUGGGCGCCAAUCCCAAGCGAUUCACCAUUGUCAAAGGCUGUCGAGAGAGACCGUUCUAUGUCGAGUUGUUCUACAUACCCUGGUCGAGACGUUGCAAAGGCUACCAGUUAAUGCGCCGCAAGUGUCAGCGCAGUCUAUAGCCUUGAGCGCAGUGUCAUGUAGGACUAGAAUGGAAUCGAGUGUAAUACAUGCGGUGUAUUAAUUUGUUGUUUGCCGAUAAUCGAUAUGUUGUUUGGUCUAUUCGCGGACAAAUGUAUCUAUCCACAGCUCAA